GCAUCGAACACUCAGGAAUAAUCGUGUGGAGUGCUACCUGUCAGAUUAGGUUUAUGGAGAUCACCAUGAAUUCUCGCCUUGGACAUAACGGAUAUAAUAAUGAAAGCACAACUCACGAGUCAACACACGAGCGUGCUCUGUUUUGGAGACCGUGGACACGAGGACAGUUGGAACAAAGGCCGGACUCUCAUGGGUUUCACGGCAAAUCCCUGGUUGAAUUAUCAGAUACAAAGAAAGCCAACAGCUUUGUACAUCCUGUAAAGUUAUUCUGGCCUCGAUCGCGCUGCUUUGAUUAUCUGUAUCAGGACGCCGAAGCGCUGCUCCGGAACUAUCCCGUCCAGGCGACCGUCUGUCUUUACGCAGACUCCAGCGACGAGGAGGACAGUGGCGAGGAAGACAAGAAAGAAAUGAACUAG